AUGGAGCGUUCCAGGGCCGACGGCAGAAGCCAAGAGGCUGGACGGAAUACCCCUGCCUCAAAUGCUUCCCUCGUUGACCAUCUCGGUGCCAGCGCACCUGCAAGCCCGCGCAAGCUGCGUCCCCGCCCACCGAAGUUCUUGAAUGCUAUCGACCGGCGAAGCAAAAAUGGCAUGAUCAACCCAGCGCCUGUUCGCGUCAUUCGUACUGAGGAGAACGACCCCAAGCCCUCUCUCCCUUCUGUGGUUGCCGCCUUCCAGAAGGAGAAUGAUCUCAAGACGAAGCCUCCACCGAAGAAGAAGCAGAAGCUCGACUCCAACCAGGAGCAGGGCCCACAGACACUUCCACCACCCCCACCCCAGCCCUCUUACAAGCGAGCUCCAAAGAUUCCCGAAACUCCUGCAGAGGCGCAGCCGUGGGACAAGAUGUUGUGGCAGAAAGGGAUCGACGGCAAGGGUUGGAGAGAGAUCGCCGAGGACUGGGAACGGCUGACAGACACCAGGAUCGAGAGGAUGGGCGAAGCCAAGGACGUCGACGUCCUGAGGAAGCGGCGUCAGCUCAUCGACCGCCUAGCUGUCCGUCUCAUCAGGCUCAAGGAGAACUAUGCAGCGUCCGGCACCAUGGAACUUCCAGAUGCAUACUACAAAAAGCAUCCCGAGGAUCUGAUGUACAAGUACAUAUCUGACCGAAAGCGACAGGAUAUCAAGCUGAUCCGAAUCAUGGACAUGACCAAGGCGCAGCUGGAGGAGAUGUUGUGGAAGACUUUCUGCCGGAACUACAAGGAGGAAGAAGGCCUCGACAUCUCAGUGACUGAAGCGCGUGAAAGUUGGGAAGCUCUCGUCAAUGGUGUCUUGAAACCGAAACCUACUGCGACGGAGGAAAGGGACAUGAUCAAGGCCAAAAAGGCGAUUAGACGGGAGCCUGUUGCAAUCAAGCAUGAGGACGAAGACUAA